UGUGUCCAGAUAAGCGCUGCAGCAGUCGGAGCUGUUCGCAGUGCAGAGCAGACAGGACGCACCAUGGCACCGCUGGGACUGAAAGCCAUUGUUGGAGAAAAGAUAAUGAACAACGUGAUUAAGAAGGCAAGAGAAAAAGGAAAAUGGAAGGUCCUGGUGGUGGACAAGCUGAGCAUGAGGAUGGUUUCAUCCUGCUGUAAGAUGACAGACAUCAUGUCAGAGGGAAUCACCAGUAAGCUCCAUCUGAUUCUAUAUGUGAAAUCAAUUUUGCUUCAUUCGAUCCCAGAUUCCCUGUUUGGACUGCUGACCAAAUCCCGCGCCUCCAAAGCCAUGAAGGCCUUGACAGAGAUCCACAUAGCCUUCCUGCCCUACGAGUCUCAGGUCUUCUCCCUGGAUAAAGUGGAUGCCUUCCARGACUUCUACAGCCCCUUCAAAGCUGAUGUGAAGAAUAACAUGUUGGAGCGUUGUGCUGAACAGAUAGCCACCAUGUGUGCAACGCUCAAAGAGUAUCCUGGAGUCCGUUACAGAGGGGAGUACAAAGACUGUGCAGUUCUUGCCCAGAUGCUUCAGGAGAAACUAGAUGGAUACAAGGCUGAUGACCCCACCAUGGGAGAGGGACCAGACAAGUGUCGCACUCAGCUGCUGAUUCUGGAUCGUGGCUUUGACCCUGUGUCCCCCCUCUUGCAUGAGCUCACACUGCAGGCUAUGGCCUACGACUUGCUGGGCAUUGAAAAUGACGUCUACAGUUAUGAGACCAGUGGGAUGGGAGAAACCCGAAUGAAGGAGGUGGUUCUGGACGAAGAUGAUGACCUGUGGCUGACUUUGAGACACAAACACAUAGCUGAGGUUUCAACGGCUGUAACUCGCUCUCUGAAAGAAUUCUCUGCCAGCAAGAAGAUGAACACAGGAGAAAAGACCACCAUGAAGGAGCUGUCUCAGAUGCUAAAAAAGAUGCCUCAGUAUCAGAAAGAGCUCAGUAAGUAUUCAACCCAUCUUCACCUUGCAGAGGACUGCAUGAACCGCUACCAGGGUACUGUGGACAAACUUUGUCGUGUAGAGCAGGAUUUGGCCAUGGGCACAGAUGCAGAGGGUGAGAAGAUCAAGGAUCCCAUGAGGCUCAUUGUUCCUGUCCUCCUGGAUGCCAACGUCAACGUGUCCGACAAGAUACGCAUCAUCCUGCUCUACAUCUUCAUGAAGAAUGGUGUGACUGAGGAGAACCUGUGUAAGCUCCUGCAGCAUGCUAACAUCCCACCUGAGGACAGUGACAUUAUUUCCAACAUGGCCCACCUGGGCGUUCCCAUUGUCUCUGAGGUGAGCAGUUCUGAUCAGGGAAGAAUCUUGUAUAGAAAAAUGGCAGAAUGUGUUUUGAUCAUGUUUCUACAGGAUGCAAUCGAGGACAAACUUGACCCAAAACAGUACCCAUACAUCUCUCAGCGACAAGUCUCUGCCAAGGCCAGUGCUCCGUCAAGUGCUCGUUAUGGUAACUGGCACAAGAACAGAGGCCCCACAGAGAUGAAGACCGGUCCCAGGAUCAUAGUCUUCAUAAUUGGAGGCAUGGCAUUCAGUGAAAUGCGCUGUGUCUAUGAGGUCACACAGGCYAAUGGYAAAUGGGAGGCUCUGAUUGGUUCCACCCACAUCCUCACACCCCCUAGAUACCUUAAGGAUCUGCAACACCCAGACUUCCUGGAUCCCAACGCCCUACCAGAGGGCGUAGAGGAAUCACCGGCACAAUAAAAACA